GUAACAGCCAACCCUUUCCCACUGCGGUCCUGCUCCAUGCUUUGAGCCUGUGUCUUUUCGUGUCCAUAACUUGCGUUGACCACCAGGGUCUUUCCAGCUUAUCCUCACGCGUCACGAGAACCCGCCACGAUGUGUUGCAUAUUUCCUACACGUCGUCAUAAGCCUUCCGAACACCAAGUAGUAAAUAGCGAUCUCAGACAAGCCACCGCAGCUUCGUCGACUCCGAAGCGACAGCCCGCACGUCUCAUAAAACUCAAUCCGAUCGCCAGCACCAAGCCUGUGCAGACAAGAGACGCAGCUAUACCUCUACCGCCGAGAUACCGAUCGCGUGCCUCAGAUAUACCCAGGGUGCAGGAUGUGACUGACCCUGCGAUCCGGUCUUUGCUCUUUGGUCCUUUCGCUCAGAUCGAUCAUCACCAACAUUAUGGCUCUGGGUUUGGUGCAAGACCGAACGUUAUACACCACGACCCUGGCUGCGCUGGAGAUCGUGGCUGCACGCGUGGUGGAAACGAUGAUUCGACGAAUAGCGUACAUCCAAGCUCUACAUGCUCCACAAAGGAUGAUUUUGGGAGUGGUGAGCACGAUAUCUCAUCGCACGGAGGUCAUGAAGCCUUUGGGCAUGCGGGCAUGGAUACUAUUGGCUUCGGCGGUGGACAUGGUCUUGACAUAGCCGGUGGAGAUGGAGGAGGUGAUGGAGGUGGAGGAUGCGAUUAGAUGCUCUGUUCCUUUUCGCUCACGGGUGUGGUGUCACGCAUGUUCUUCACGCCGACUUACUCUUCCGGGUGUUGUUGAGGUGCGGGGGUCUUAUUUUAAGCCCCUAGCCAAUGGUUCGUGAGGCUUUCGUGUAGCAAGGCUUUGACCGGUCUUAUCAGGCAUCCAUUGACGCACGAGUGUCUUUCCGGUGAACCUCGA